GGGGAAGCCAGUGGCUUUCCAAGGCCUGGGGGAGGGACACACUUAUGCUAUGAUGCUGGGGCCCAAUGUCCAUUGGAAAGGAAGCAGCAGAGACCAUGUGCCUCUGUUUAGACCAACCCUAGUGCAUGCCCAAGCUGGUAGAAGGGAUGAUCCUGACCCCACUGCACUGCUGCUCCCGGACUCAGCUCCAUGGCGCUACCCAUGCGCAUCACCAGAAUGAGUGCCGUUGGGGAUGAGACUCUAAAAACGGCUGUGCCCCACACCAUCCACCUGGUGCUAAGCCCCAGCCCUAUGCAGGCAUUCACUCCCCUGCCUUUUCCUCCAGAAACUUAAUCCUGGAGGAUUAGCUGACAUGCAGCGCUUCAGCUUCCCAAAGCCCUGUACUAGUGCUAAGCAUUAUUACUAUUAUUACUAUUAUGAUUAAUUAUUAUUAAGCAGAUUCACUUCCUACCACUCACUGUUGCCAGCAAUUUCCAGACCUCAAAGGAACUGAAUAAACACACAGCAGCUCAGGAGUUGCUACCGAUGUGCAAAGCCAUUCAGCAUUGUAAUUUUGGCUGGAAGCUAUGCUGGGACAAGCUUGCUCCAGAGGCCCCGGAUGGCUGGGAAUUAGGAGGAUUAGCAACUCCACUUUCAUCCUGAAGCAAAAAGAACUAAACAUCAGAAUCCCUGCCGCCAAGGAAGGAUGCCAGCUGCUGAAUCCCCAGCUCUACAAACCAGCUGCCUCGUGCUCCAAAGUAGGUUACAAACACUUCCCCUAUCUGUUUGAGGUGAGAACCUUUCUUUUCAGGGAAAUCCAUGCUAUUUGGGUUACCUGCCUGCUGUAGACCAUGCAGCACAGUUCCCAGUGGCACAGAUAUUCCUUGCUGGGUCAGAGAUGCAGCAACCCCAUUUGCGCUCUGGGGCCCUCAUCCAAACACAAUUAAACAACCAUUAUGUCUGCUCACUGUGACAGUGGGGGUUUACAGACCCUCAAGUCUUUGCUUAAAUGCAAAUGCAAUGUCAUUGCCUAGAACCAUGGAAAUGAACAUAAGGAAGGCAGUGCCAUUACCCACUUCAGAGCGGGUGAAGCACCAGUUUCAGAGUAACGCUACCACAGGGAGAGGAUUGAUGAGCUAGUGGGCUUGGUGUCCCAAAUCUGCUAUCCAUAUGGGACACUUGUCUCUUUCCUUGUUGGUAAUGAUUAUAGACUCAUAGAAUCAUGGAACUGUUAAGACCGGAAAAGACUUCUUAAGAUCAUCACUUCCAACUGUAGAUCAUCUAGUCCAACCAUCAACCCACAACCCACCCAUUAUGGCAGUAUAUCUAUCAGUGUGCAGAGAGGAUGGAGAUUGAGACCUCAUCAUUACUACAGCAGCCCAAAUGAUGACCAAAAGGAUGCGUAAAGCUCUCACUUUGGGCAGAGGUGCCUGAUUUCACGUUGUCUCACCAAGUGUUAGAGCAGCUCACUUCAUCUGCCAUAUGAGCAGACGUGAUGGAAUCAUAGAAUCAUUAAGGUUGGAAAAGACCACUACGAUCAUCAAGUCCAAACAUCAACACAGCAGAGGGUGACACAGAGUGGUAUUUUACCUCACCAAAAACCCCACACAUAACCCAAGCCCAGCCAUCACCUCCUGCCCCCUUAUCCUUCACGUGAUGCAGUCCUACAUGGAAUUACAAAGGACAUCAAUCAAAUCCUGUCCCUCUCCCCACCACACACCCAUUGUUGAGGAUCUGGCAGUGAAUAAUGCAGGAGGCUGUGAGGUUACAGAGCUGCUCCGCUUGGUUCGUUAUUGAUGAGAGCUGACAGAUCCUCCACUGACAAUCUGCCUAAGAGAUACGAUUAGCUUGUGAAAAAUUAAUCGCACUUCUUAGGGAUGACGCAAGAUGAAAACCCCAAGGAAUGACAUUAUCCAUGUUCCCUAAUUUUGGUGGACUUUGAAAAGGUUUUAGUGAAAUUUGGAGGCAGCAAUUACGUUCAAUUAGGAUGACAAUUGCCAAGACAUCACCUCAGCUUGCAAUGGCUGUGUUCCCUGCUCCAGCACAGUCCCUGCAAGGUCCUUAGUCCUUCCAAGCCCUACAAAUACACAUGGUGAUGAGAGAAACCACACACCGUAGCAUGCCCCAGGCUAGGGCUUUGGCAGCCUUCAUCUCAAGGAUGCAGUGCAUCCAACACCAGGAAGCCCCCAAGUUUGGGGGAUAUGGGAUGGGGACACAAAGGCAGGGAUGCAUCAUGUGGGAGCGACAGUGGGUUUUACUCGGUGCUCCCAUGCCUCUGUUCCAUCAUUACCAGUCACAGCUACUUGGCUGGGUUCACAGGGCUGCUUACAAAUGCAUGUAUAAUUCAUAUUCCCUACACAAAGAGCCCCCUAUGUAGAUCUUAGUGCUGAUUAACAACUGCAGCAGCGAGAGAUGAAAAACUCCAGGGUCACAUCUGCAUACAGGUGGACGGACUUUGCAUGACGCACGGAGCCAAUUAGCCAAGCCCCAAAAUGCACCCUGUCCUCAAUGCAUGCACAAAUGCACAACAGCCCUGAAAAACAGAGCACUGCACAGAGUGGAGUGGUACUGCAGCCUUGAGGUCAUGAGCAAUGAAACCUGGUGCCACCAGACUCCAGUGGUGUCUUGGUUUCCCCAUCCCUCGGGUAAGAAACUAGUACUGGUUGUCUCCCACGCACCCAUCACAAGUUUUAGUGUCACCAGAGCUUAUUUUUACAGCAAAUCCCACUGCAUGAGGACAAAGGGAGCAGGGCCCUGCAUACCAACAGCACCCACAUUUUGGCUGGUUUAGUUGGUUUUUUUUUGCAUCUGAAAGAGCAUAUGCUGUUCUCCUUCACCUCCUUCUCAUCUCAUGCAGGACCUCGCUCCUUUGUGCAUCUCCCAGUGCAAAGAAGUGUCCCUGGGGGAAAAGGAAGUUCAUGCUUUCCCUUUGAAUUCAGCCCACUCAGCAGAGCCUGCUGGGGGAUGCCGUGCAUAGAAUGACCCCAUACCCCUUGUUUCCCCUCCAUGGGGAUGCAAAAUGCCCCAGAUUUUUCAGAAUUCAGAUGGGAACUUCUCACACUCACGACAUUUUUGCAUGAGGAGUAGGAAAAAAUGUGAUAUUGUCUGUGCCUCAGUUUUCCCCCAGCAACUCCCAUCCUUGCAUGCAUCCUGAUAAGCCUCAAUGCAGCACUCAUCCCUUCAAAAUGAUAGCUCACAACUCUCCAGUUCCUCCCUAUACCAUUUUUUUUCCCCUCAGCCCAAUGGUUUUGCUUUCCUGAGCACAUUCUCCCCCCAUGCACACCAUAACACCAGCCUGCAGUUCCCUUUGCACCUCCACCCCAGCUCUACUUGCAGCAGUUUGCCCUCCCCAAGCCCCCAGCUCCUCUCCCUGUGGCUCAUUAUCCACAUGUCACUUCCAGGCUCACCACCAAGCAAGCUCGGUGGCUGCUGAGAUACUUCCUGUCACCCUUCAUUAGUGAGCGUGCUGCCAAAUUAUUCAUCCUGUGGCGCAGAGCAGCUGCUCUGCGUCAGACCAAAGGUCUGCCCAGCUGUGGGCUGCCUCCUCCCUUCCCUCCCUGCGCUCAGCUUUCACCUGGCUUCACCCCUCUGGGAGACAAAACAGGGAAAUAAAACCUUUCUUGGGUCAAGCAAGUUGUUUUCCUCUUCCACCACAGUUAAAUAGCAAAAAGCAAUGGAGUGAAACAGCGUCGGCAGGAUGCAUGGAGGAGAUACGUUCCCUCCCAUCAGGUUUGUGCUUCCUUAAGCUCUCCCCGAGUCUCUUUGUUUGCCAAGCUUUGUGUCACAGCUCCCUGCUGGUGACACCUGAGCCCUCCCUGUCCCACCUUGCUCAAACACACCGAGCUCCCAUGCAAACUUCCUGCAUGCUCAAAGUCACCUUGCCCCAAACUCCUGGCCGGUUCCGCUGGGGUCUCGGCAAUCAUUAAUCGGAUUCUUCACAUUCCCGAGUGCUUGGCACAGAAAAAUGAGCCAGUGGGUAACCGUGCCCUGGCAGUCCGACAUGCAGCUGACUGGCAAGCUGGUCCUCUCUGCCGCCGCUCUUCUCCUGCUGACUUUGGCAUACAGAUUUUACAAGUCCCGCUCGGCACCUGGAGACAACAACCCGACAUCUGAUGCUUGCAGAGAGAAGGGGAGAAGGGAAAAUGCAGCCCUGAAUGGGCAGGAUGUGGAGGGUCUACGGCACAGGCGGGUGUGCGGGGCAUGGAGUGGUGGUGAUGCCCAAGCGAGUGUCUCAGAUCCACGGCGAAAGAGAGAAACUCUGCCAACAAGUGAGGAGGAAAAAGGAGGGGAGGCAAAAUCUCACAGCACUGGGGAUCUGAAUGAAAUGCUGAAUGGGGAGGAGGGCGGUUGGAAUGGACACAGUGUGCUUGUCCCACACAUCAUGCUUCCCAACCAGAUGGCAGAUGGGGGUGCACAAAGCACGGAGCAGGAUUUGGCCAAUAGAAUUACCCCCCAGGAGGGGAGCAGAGGGACGAUCCAGACCCUUAGUGUCACCUCGGAGCUGGGGGUAAAGAUAACAGCAAGCUACAGGGAGUCAGAUAGCUCCUACUCUUUCUCCUCGAUUGCAAAGAUCCAGGUGGAGGAGAGCUACAUCGCUGAGAGGAAGGCAAAGGAUGGGGAUGGACGGCUGUCUCCUGGCCUCAGAGCCUUGAGAUGUAGCUCGGAGCAUGUCACGGAAGAAUUGCAGUGCUUGGAGUGGGUCAACACAGAGCAACAGAGAUUGGAGCGGGUCAGCGAAGAGCUGCAGGGAUCAGAGGGGGUCAACAAAGAGCUGCAGGGAUCAGAGGGUGUCAACGAAGAGCUGCAGAGCUUUGCCACUCCACUCCCUGAGACUCACUCCCAAGAACCAGCUGUGGCAUCACAGGACCCUACCACCUCUUCUACUGUCCCAUCAAAUGCAGAGAGCUUGGAAAAGGACCCCAAGCCUCCAGCUUCCACUCGCAGCAUCAGCCGCAAGAACAGCUUCCUCCAGAUCUCAGAGAACUCUCACCUCCAGCUGCCCAUGGAUGGGUUCCGUGUUACACCAGCCAGCAUGCCACCAGCAAGCCCUCAGCUGGAUCUGGUGGCCAAAGCCAACUUCUUCCCAACAUCACCCUCCAGUCUAGACACCCAUUUGGACCUGGGCAACUGCUAUGAGGUCCUCUGUAGGGCCAAGGUAGAGAAGCUUGGCUUCCUCCAGGAGGCUGCCUACAAGGUCAUGAGUGACAACUACCUACAGGUGCUGAGGAUGCCCUCCAUAUACUGCCGCCUCAAUGCCAGUGAGCGGGACCUCAUCCUUCAGCGCAGAAUGAAGGGGAAGUUGUGCGUAGUUGUGGCAGACAUCAGCACACGUGAGCUUGGCCUCUGUGCAAGCCAGCUCUGCUGCUAUGAUGACAAAGGGGACCGUUGGCAUCACCUUUGCCAUGUGCCACCAGAGGUGGUCUCCCAGGGGUGCGCCAUGUGCAGCAUGUUCAACUACCUCUUUGUGGUAGCAGGCUGCGAAGGCUUGGGCCACACACGGAGACCUUCCAACCGUGUCUUCUGCUACAACCCACUGACCAAUAUCUGGAGGGAGAUCUGCCCCUUGAACCAGGCGCGGCCUCACUGCAAGCUGGUGGCCUUGGAUGGCUGCCUCUAUGCCAUUGGUGGGGAGUGCCUCUACACGGUGGAGCGGUAUGACCCACGGUAUGACCGCUGGGUCUUCAUUGCCCCACUGCCUCAUGACACCUUUGCUGUAGCCCACACGGCCACAGUGUGUGAUGGGGAGAUCUACGUGACGGGGGGCACCUUGCGCUACGUGCUGCUGCGCUACGUGGCCCGUGAGGACAGCUGGAUAGUCAGCCCGGCCAGCGGCGGCAAGGACCGGACAGUGGAGAUGGUGAGUGUCAACGGUUUCAUCUACCGCUUUGACCUCAAUCGCAGCAUGGGUAUUGGUGUCUAUCGCUGUGGAGCCAAGGCCAAGCUGUGGUAUGAGUGUGCCACCCACGCCAAAGCCUACCCAGCCUGUUUCCAGUGUGCCGUGGUGGGCAGCCUGGUGCACUGCAUUGGUCGCCACUUCCACAUCCGCUUCUUGGCCGACCCCGUCUCACCGCGCUUUGGGACCAAGGAGCUGCAGCCCUUCCCUUCACCCCGGGGUAGCCUGAUCCCAGUCGUCCUGGUGCUGCCAUGGGCAGAGAUGGCGCAGACACGGGUCUGAGACAUGAUGAGAUUGUGACAACCAGGUAACAGAAGUCACCAACCUUCAUUUACAGCUCUCUAUUGGACUAAUGCUAUCAGGACGAUGUCACAUUCAUUUACCUUCCACUGUUGGACCCAUGGCAUCAGGACGAGGUCACCGCCUCAUUUUCCCAUUCCCUGUAAGUGGAAAAGACGGAGACAGAUUGCACUUAAACACACACAAACCCAGCCCUGGGGACGCAAGAAAGAGCAGAGUCAGAGCUGGGUGUACCUGUUUGCCUACAGGUAUUUAAAUGCAGGUGUGUCUGCUUGAACGCAAAUAAACUCAGGCUCCCAGCUGCCCCCAUAGAUUGCUGCUUUGCAGAUAACAGGUUUUUAAUACUAAACCGCGUGUCCAACACAUGGGGGGUCUUAGGGCACAGAAAGACAGCACUGAAGUUUGAUCCCUAAGAUGUAUCUCCAUAGCAUGUCCCCAUUGGUAUCAAGCUGUCAUUGAGCCUCCAUGUCACCCCAGAGUGGGAUGCUGGGGACCAAAGCAUCCCAUCAAGGUAUCACUCCUUCUAUUGCCUUGUUACCCAUUACCUUAUCCUCAGCCCAGAAUAAUAUAUAAAUAAAUAUUUAUACACAUGCAAUGUAAAUAGAUACUAUAGAUUUAUAGACAGCUGGUCUUAAAUAAAAUUAAUGCGAACAUUUGGUAAAAUUAACCACAGGCUACCGUUGCGCAUCAUUUAAGGACUAAUGGGAACAAAGAGGCUGGUGCAUGUUUUACAUUGCUAAUUACUGCACGAGCAAUGUCUCCAAGGAAGAGCGUAAAAGCAAAGCAAAGUUCUCUCUGUGAGCAGCUGGUUUGGCAGCGGUGCCUCUCAUCUCUUUUUCCUGGGGUUGUACUGUCCUCACUCUAUUUACACCCCCGUGUCCUGCCAACAGCCCACUUUGGGUAAUUGCAUUUUCUUCCCCUAGCUCCUUGAGCUGUUAGAGAAAUGGAUUGUCAUCUGUCAUGUCCAUCACUGCACACCGCUGCGGUUCUUGUACCUAUAUCCUUGGUUAAGCACAAAGCCACUAAUGCAUUCAAAGCACUUAGAGAUAAGGGAUGGCACUGGGUGCCACACUGUAUGUCAUAUGGUGUGGGAGAGUGUAGGUUCAUGUUUGUCUAGAGUGAAUUUUCUGGGUGCGAGCAGGGAAAUACCCUCAAUUUGGUCUGUUUUUCUCCCAAUUAUUAUUGCCACCUCAUCUCAUUAUCUCUGCCAUCGUGAUGAAUAGCCCAAAUGGACAAUUGGUGCAUAUGGAUGUUCAUGGGUUUUAUGGCCACGUGUUCUCAAAUAUUUUCUGACCUGGCUCUAGAAGUCAUUAACUCAGAUCUCAAUGUCCACAACCUCACAGAACUUACUUUUUCUCUCUGCAUGGCCAAAAGUAGGUGAUCUUUCAGGUCCCUCUCAACCCAAGUUGUUCCAGGAAAUGGCCUUGAAGAUCUUCCCACAAUACUUCGUGGUAUCAAUGGGGACCUUCCUACUAACGCUAGGAGACCUUAGGAAGAGGCAAAGCCAUGCUAAUUAACCCUGCCUCUGCACUUUGCUCAUUAGCACAUAGUACAUUGCCUUGGCUGAUGGAGGAUGGCAAUGCAGCUCUCCCAUGCUAGAAACUGUCAUGGCCCUGGGGCCAUCUCAUCCCACCCUAGCAAUGAUGUGCAGUAUCUCUCUGCUGUGAUGCCUUAUGAGUCAAAAAAAAAGGUUUAUUAUUAUUCAGCUCCUCAUUAUUUGAUUACCUGCACAGCCCAUUCUCAGAGCAGCAAUCCCAAAAUGUUGGGCAUCCCUGGGAAGGCGGGUGGGAUGGAGGCAGCUGGACCCGUUCCAGCUGACAGCUCUUAUUUCAAGCUUUGUAGGGAUCCUGCCCUUUGCAUGGUGACUAUUUGCUUCCGCAUGAGGUUUCACCUGAGAUUUCAGGACCAUGCAGGCAAGGAUGAACACACUACAAUAAUAAAGCUUUUUCUCAUUCCCCAGCAUGAUGACCAUGAGCAAUUAAUAGCCCUCUUGUACCCACCCAUAUUAACACAGUUCUCCUGGGGUGGCAUUCUGGAGAUUGAAGGUGCCAAGGACGUCCCAUGUCACUUCGUAGGGAAAGCCAAUUUCAGGCACAAAGCACGCAGUGAUCAUACGCUCAAAGGUGAAGUGAGUUUUGGCUGAGGCUAGGGGAAAGCAGCACAGAGGAAAGGGCAAAUGUAAGGCGAUACUCUAACCUGGAUGAUGUUUUUUCCUUAUGACAUCAAGGCAUUAUUUUUGCAAAGUGGAUUGGCGAAGAACUUUUUGCUCAUCCUUUCAGCACCUAUUCCUGGCCCACAGCACCAGCUCUGCUCACCUCCCAGAAGUGCUGAUCCUUAGGUGUAAAUGCUCAACCACACUGCUUUGCAAACUCAACCAAACACAGCCCUUGCACUAAAUUUGGUAUUUUCUUUUAAUCAGGAAGCUCCAUUAUGCACUCCACCACAUAAAUUUAGGCAAUUACAUAGUUUAAUGUACAUUGAUUCGGAUUCUUAAUUUUUACAUUUUUGAUUGUGGCAGAAAACAGUGAAUGACGCAUUUCUUGUUUACCAGACACUCUUUCUCCCUUUGCAAUGUGCCAGGCUGCAUCCAAAUGGAAACUGGAAGUCAAUUAAAGAAGUACAAAACUGGCAUUUUAAAAUCUUUUUUUUUUUAUUAGUUAAACACUGCUACCUUCAAUGUGUCAGCUACAUCACGGGGAAAAAAAGCAAAAACUGAAAAAGUGAGCUUGUCCAGACAUGUUUUGCAUUUAAAACUGAUGUGAUACAUGCAAGAAAUCUUAAGUGCAGUCAGCUGCCAAAUUAAGCAACUCAUUCAUGACAAGCAGGAGCAAGCUUGUAUCGGUACCUGAGGUUGUUCCGAGGAGACCAGUGGGAAUUUAAGAGCAGAGAAAAAGAAAAAAGGAAAAAUCCUGGUGCCUGAAGCAACUCUCAGCCCCUGGCUGUGGCUUCUCGUGGAUGCUGAUGAGGACUCCUACAUCAUUUUUGGACAUUAUGCUGUUACAGGAUGGAUUUCCACAAAAGAGCCUCCAUGAGACAUUUGGAGGUGAAGUGAUGUCCUCUCCUCUCCCGUUUAUGGAUUGGUGGUUGGACUUGAUGAUCUUUGCGAUCUUUUCCAACCUUAAUGAUUCUAUGAUUUAUUUCUUUGACCCUUCCACCAAAUUGCCCUAGCGCUACUUGGUGGAGAAUAUGCUGGAGACACCAACACGAACCAGGAGGGUGAUGGGGAGCUGCACCCAAAUUGCUCAACCAAACCAAUUUGGAAGCAGACAUUGAUACUACCACAAUGGCUUGGUCCAAACUCAUCCUACUGAAUGGUGCCCAAGGGCUGCUUGGUAGCGUCUUGCUUACCCUGAUGGGCUUGGAGGCUGCAUCCUGCUCCGAAGGGGACACGGAGAAACUGGGGAAAGAUGAGCAUCCCAGGGAUGUGGAAGCUCAGUGGGAUCAAGAACCCUCUCCACAAAGACCUCAUCCCAAAUUUAUGCCAAAAGGUUGAAAGAUGGGAAUCAGAACCUUGUGUGCAGAAGUGGGGCUCCUAGCACACCAAGGAUGCCUGCCAGCCCCGAGAGGUCGGCAGUAAUGAAAGAAGCUAUCAGGAGAGCAGGCAGCCAGCCAGCCAAAUGUAAUUAGUGGCAUUUGUGGACAAUGAACCUCAGCAAGCUCGGGGAGGGAACGGAGCUGGGGGAAGGGAGCACAUCCCCUGCCUUCAUUCUAGGAAGAAAACAUGCCCAUUUGGAGUCUGUCCAAACUGGAAUAACAGCCUGGUGAAGGACUAUUUAAUUAAAAUCCACGCAGCGUUUGAAGGGAAAAGGGCUUGGAAUGAAUAAGCAUGGUGAUAAAAUAUGCAUAGGCUCCAGCAGAAGUUCUCCCUCCCCAGCACAAGCCUUUGCUUAAAGUGUUGAUGGCUUUUGAUUCACAAGCUUCAGUGAGGAGGGAAUGCUUGCCAGCCACUAUUUCAAUCCAGCAGGGUGUUUUUUUUCUGGGGGUUAUUGCUAUGCUAUAGUUUAGGAUGUGUCAGCGUCGGCUUCAUAAACACAGAUUAGGAAUGCUAUAAAAGGGGAAUAAAUAAAUAAAUAAAA